CGCCGAACGGAGCGGGCGGAGCGGGCGGGCCGGGGCGGAGCGGAGUCCUCCGCAGAGCAGCCCCUUCCGGCCGCGGCCGCCGACCCCGGCCCCCGGCCCCGCCUGGCUCUAUGGACAGGAGCUCGCUGCUGCAGCUUAUCCAGGAGCAGCAGCUGGACCCUGAGAACACAGGUUUCAUCGGUGCGGACACCUUCACUGGCCUGGUGCACAGCCAUGAGCUGCCUCUGGACCCAGCCAAGCUGGACAUGCUGGUGGCCUUGGCCCAGAGCAACGAGCGGGGCCAGGUCUGCUACCAGGAGCUGGUGGACCUGAUCAGCAGUAAACGCUCAAGCAGCUUUAAGCGGGCCAUCGCCAACGGACAGAGGGCCCUGCCCCGGGACGGGCUGCUGGAUGAGCCAGGCCUGGGCGUCUACAAGCGGUUUGUGCGCUACGUCGCCUACGAGAUCCUGCCCCGGGAGGUGGACCGGCACUGGUACUUCUACCGGCACCGCAGCUGCCCACCCCCCGUGUUUAUGGCCUCGGUCACCCUUGCCCAGAUCAUCGUGUUCCUGUGCUACGGGGCCCGUCUCAACAAAUGGGUGCUGCAGACCUACCACCCUGAGUACAUGAAGAGCCCCCUCGUGUACCAUCCCGGCCACCGUGCUCGAGCCUGGCGCUUCCUCACCUACAUGUUCAUGCACGUUGGCCUGGAGCAGCUGGGGUUCAACGCGCUCCUGCAGCUGAUGAUCGGGGUACCCUUGGAGAUGGUGCACGGUCUGCUCCGCAUCAGCCUGCUCUACCUGGCCGGCGUGCUGGCAGGCUCCCUGACUGUCUCCAUUACCGACAUGCGGGCCCCUGUGGUGGGGGGCUCUGGUGGGGUCUACGCCUUGUGCUCGGCACACCUGGCCAACGUCGUCAUGAACUGGGCUGGGAUGAGGUGUCCCUACAAGCUGCUGAGGAUGGUGCUGGCCUUGGUGUGCAUGAGCUCCGAGGUGGGCCGGGCCGUGUGGCUCCGCUUUUCCCCACCACUGCCUGCCUCAGGCCCACAGCCCAGCUUCAUGGCACACCUGGCAGGUGCAGUGGUCGGGGUCAGCAUGGGUCUGACCAUCCUGCGCAGCUAUGAGGAGCGACUUCGGGACCAGUGCGGCUGGUGGGUGGUGCUGCUUGCCUACGGCACUUUCCUGCUCUUCGCCAUCUUCUGGAACGUCUUCGCCUAUGACCUGCUAGGCGCCCACAUCCCCCCACCACCCUGACGGGCUCCUCAGGGCCACACAGGCCAGGGUGCGGGCGUGUGUGGGCCAGCCACCGGGCGAGCCCGCGUGUCCGUCCUCUGUGAAUGUACAUCUCAAGACUGCUUGUCCUCCGUGGGGACUGGUGGGUCCUGUAGCCCAUGGUGUCCAGGCCAAGCCUUACAUCAGCCCUGGCCACCCCCUCCCAGGCCUGGGGAGGUAGGACUGCCUGGCCAGGCAGUGGAGGUCCCCAAGUGUGGCCCUGGAGGAGACCCUGCCCCAGCCUCCCCACCACGAUUUGCGGUCUGAGCCUUUUUGGAAAACGAAUAAAUAUUUUACACAGCACCAGGUGGCUGCACCAGGGCUCUGAGGGCGGGCCUGGCCUCCUUCCCACU